CUAAAAUGUUCACUCAAAUGAUCAUGAACGAAAACAAAGAUAAAAUUUAUAUCUACGAUGAUGAAGAUACGCCUGGCUGUAGGAACAACAAGUUGUUCACUAUCGCUGAAGGAGGCAGCGAUGUGAGCUCACAAGUUAUCGAAGAGUCUAAGUUCAUGAGCGACAAAAACAGUGAACUCAUGUCGAAUAAAGCUAGCUUUGGCCAUAGGAAAGAACGUAAUGGCAGUGGCCAUUAUAGGUACUCACAAUACACUGAGAGCAAUUUCAGACCGACGAAUGAGAGUGAUUUCCAACCAAUAGCUGAAGACUCUUAUGAACAGAGUGCUAUGAAGUCUCCCAGCGAGGUAAAGUUUAGCUCUGAUACAGUUCAGACUAAGAAUACUAAUAGAAAAGUUAGGCUGAGGAGCAAUAGUCCACCUUCUGAGGAAAAUACUUUAGAGGAAGAAGUCUCAUGUCCACAAUUCAGACUCAGUAGCAUGCCUGAUUCUGAUGAAGUCGUUUGAGCUAAAAAUUCAGUUGAUAAUUCUAAUCCAAAUUUUAUACUUUGAACACGAACUCAGAAUACUUUCAAAGAUAUUAUUGAUGAAUAUAGCAUCAUUGAGAAGGAAGAUUUGGAGAACUCAGAUGCUGAGAUUCGAGUAUCCAGCCGCCCUGAAGCUUAUAUUCCAUGACAAAACCUUCAAGAAGACGAAGUUACAGUGAUUAAGUUCACUCCAAACAGUAACGAUGCCUCUGUAGAGUCAUCUAUUAUUGAAAAUUAUCAAAAUGGGAGGAGGACUCAGAGAAGAAGGUAUCAAGCAUCUAUCGAGUCCAAAGAUAAGAAGAUCAAGCUUGCAAAUAUUGAUCUCACCAAUUCAAUCGAAGAUGAUUCUGAAAUGUUUUCAAAAUUUGUCAAUUUGAAUGCUAAAGAUUAUGCAAAUUGGCAAUCAAUUGAGACAGUUAAACCGAAGUUCGAACCUAAUAUAACCAAUAAAACCUUAGUGAGACAGCCAAGAGUUAUCAAGGAUUCUAUCGGGACUCUUUGUGAUCAUCAUUGUGACGAGUCUGAGUUCAGUCCCUCACCAUCCAAGCAAGUUCCUGAAAAGCGUUUAAAACCUGUCUUUAGUCCAUUGAAAAUUCCUUCUGGAGACAACCAGAAGCCAGUUGGCAGAAUUAGUGAAGUUCAGCAUGUUAGAUGAAGUCCUAAAAGAUCUCAGAAGUCCAAAGAAUUAUCUAACCAUUACACUAAAGAAAAAGACCUUCAGAUGAUAAAGAGGGAAAAAUUUAAGUGUUCUCCAAGUCCAAGAACAAGAAAUAGAACAUCUGGUAUAGAUUUGAACACAAGCGCCAUUACAAUACAGAAAUCUUUUCUUAAGCAAGGAAGUUUAGCUUCUUUAUUCCAAUCACCAGAUGCUUGAAAGACAUCUAGAAACCCUUAUACUACACCUCAUCCGCAUCAUAAUCACUCAAAGUCGCCUAUUGGUCCAUCAAGAACUUCGUUGUCUCCUAAAACACGUGCUAAAGUUCUAACUCAUUUGCCAACGAGGCAAAGCCCUCAAGGCAGCCAAAACCUGAGCAAUUACUGGAGCGGAAGGAUGUCCAACAAGACAGGUUUAUCUAGUAGGAAAUGUUCGUACAGUAGCCAAAAGACAGGGACUAAGCCAAAGCUGUGUCCAACUCCAUUGCAGAAUAUUAGUAAUAUAGAUAUGGUUAACUGUCCAAUUGAGAGCUCUAGGAGUCGGGCUACUCCUUUGUCUUCUUCUAUGGGCACCAAAGAUUUGAUGGAGUUCAACAAGAGUAUAAUGACGGUCAAUUCUUACAAGGAACAAAUCAAUUUGUUAAAUACUCAAAACCAACAGAUGGUUAGUUGCAUCUCUUACCUCAAAGAAGAGCUGCAUAAGGCGAUUGUGAUUGCCAAUGAUGCUCAGAAAAGGGCAGAAUAUUUAUCUCAGAAAUCUUCUCUGAAGGAGAAUGCUUACAAUAAUCUGCAAGGAUCCAGGUGCUAUCCGACACUCUCUUCACAAUGAAAUACCAAGGAUGGCGCAGAGAAUUAUGAUAGGAAUACACUGAGAAGAGGGCAUUCUCCUGCAAAUCCUUUUAAGACUAACAAUGAGACAGUCAAAUUCUCAACCUCUGCAAGGAGUUCCCAGUUGCCAUCUGGGAGAAGAUUAUUUUACGAACAAAAUUAGCUAAAAUCAGCCUAAAA